AUGACGUUUCGGAGCUGGACAACCAUGCGCCUCCACCUCCCACCGCACCGCCUACUCUUCCUUGUCCUCCUAGUCUCCGCCCUGGCGCACCACGCGCGCGUGGCGCAAGGGCGGCUCAUCGUGGUCGGCGUACGCGAUACAGGCGGGUUCCAGCACCCGUGGAACAGCGCAGUGGACUACCCGCAAUGGGAGAAGAAUACUGUGCUCGUUAUCGGAGACUCUGUUGUCUUCGAGUUUCCCCCUGAAGACGCCGUUUUCUCCUUCCCCUCGCAAGAGGCCUUCUCCGCGUGCGCUUACGCGGACGCCGCGCUCCUGUGCUCGGGCGAGCAGGGCGGCGGGCGGCAGUGCACGGCGGCGGUGGGGGAGACUCCGCAAUACUUCGCGUCUACUCCGCGGAACUGCCGCCUGGGGCAGAAGGUCACCGUUCAGGGCCGGCCUCCCCGCCAGGCGCGCUUGCUCCGCCGCGUUCUCGACGAGGUCCCCCCGCCCGUCCCUGCGCUGCCCAUGGGCUCCCCUGCGGGUCUCGCCACCGGCGGAAGCAGCGGAGACGGCAUUCCGCCCGCGCUUACCGUGACGAGCCCCAGCGUGAUCGUGACCGUUGGAUACGCGAAGGGCGUGUACUCGUAUCCGUGGAAUCCAUCCGUCCAAUGGAGCGCGUGGGCUGCCGGCACGAAGAUUUACGCGGGCGACGUACUGUCCUUCAAGUACCCCAUGUACGCGGAGGAGGUGGUGCGCUUCCCGUCGUUCGCGGACUACCGCGCGUGCAACUACACGGCCGCGACCGUCGUGUGCUACGACGUGUGGGGAGCCGGCAGCGCCGGGUGCACCAUCAAGGUUGGCAACACCACCGCCUUCUACGGCUCGGGGCUCUACGGCCACUGUUACAACGGCCAGAAGUUCGUGCUGCAGCCCAUUCUGACCCGGGUGACGGCGCGCGCGGUGACAGUGGGCGGGCCCACGCCGUCGUUCCUGUGGCCGUGGAACCCCGAGGUGGACCUGGCGGACUGGAGCAAGAACAACCCCGUCUACAAGGGCGACACGCUCGUGUUCAAAUACGCCAAGUAUGCAGAUGACGUGUACGUGGUCCCCACACUAACGGACUACACCAACUGCGACUAUCGUAACUUCGUUUCAUACUGCAACGGCACGGACGGCACGGGGAACGGGUGCGAGAGCGACCCUGUUACAAGCACCACCUACUUUGUCUCGGGCUUCUACAGUCACUGCAUGAGCGGCCAACGGGUGGCUGUGACUCCACUUCCUCCACCUUCGUUGUAG